AGAUCAGACAACAACAUAACCUAUUCAACAAAAUCCAAAAUAGUCUGCGAUGAAAGUAUGUUCACUAAAUUUCGAAUUUCCAAACAAAAUUUAAUGCAGUUUUGUGCUGUUAUCAAGCCUUUCGGAUAAGGAAAUGUGUUUUGAUAAAGCUUUCCUGUUGAAAUAUUUGGCGAUCUUUCGGAAUAAAAAAUCAUGAAGAAGUUAACUGGUUCUUUCAGGUUCACACAGUGGGACCCAUGGCUCAUAAUUUCUCAGAUAAUAACAAUACAAUGUGUUCUAUAUUUCACUUUAGGGUUGUGGUUAGCAGUUCUUGGUUCAAUGGUUGGGGAUACCAGAACCUUAGAUCAUAUUUUUCAAUAUCAUGAAUUGCAAGUUCGUGACGCUGGAGGAAGAAUGGUCAUAUUUUCAUUCAUUUUGAAUGCACUUGUGGGAGCUGGUUUACUGUGGUAUGUUGUCGAAAGAACAAAGUUAUGUAUGGACUUCAGUAGUACCUGGCACUUUAUACAUUUAGUCAUCUGUUGGUUUUAUAAUGGGACUUUUCCUACUUCUAUAUCAUGGUGGCUUCUGAAUAUCGUAUGUGCUACCAUAAUGUGUGUAUGUGGCGAGUUUUUAUGCUUGAGAAGUGAAUUGAAGGCUAUACCAUUGUCAUUAGGUCCUAAAACUGAUCUUUGAAAUGGAUUAAUUGUGAUACGAACAUUAAUGCAAAUAAUAUUUUCUGAUGUUAUUAUCUUGUGAGUAGUCAUUCUCAGUUGUUCUUUUAUUAAGUUUAGAAUGAAUAAGUAAAAUAUAAUUUAAACUGGCGAAACUGGAUUGAUAUUUUGUGAGCCAUUUAUAUAUUCAUAAAAAAUUAUUAAUAAACUGACUGAGUUACAAAAA